ACUCUUCCGCACACAGAAGUAAAAUUUCUUAUCACUUUUUAAACAUUUCUAAGCAAUUGGCUUGCUGUAGCAAAUGUGGUCAAAUCUAAUUGGUUGUUUUGACAUAAAUUUAAAAAUCAGACCACUAUAUUGAAAUUGAAGUUUUUAAUCAGUAUCAACUAUAUGUUUAUUCACCAUCAUUUGACCUUGUGUCUUUGCUAUAAAUAUGGAGGUUAAACGCAACAAGUAAUCAUUCUAAUUGGAAGAUACUUUCGGUAAUUUCACAUUUCGAUUGCCGCUUUCAUUAUAAGAAUAGUGUCCGCGAUUAAAUUUAUUGGAUUAACUUGUUAAUAAAUCCCACAAAGUGUUUAAUCCAACCAAAUAAGAUGAUGAAAUUUUUAUUUGUGAUCGUUUUUCUCGUCGUCGCGAGUGUACAAGACAAUAUCAACGCUACUGAUGGCAGUGAAUAUCUUUACAAGGCCAUUAAAUCAGGCAGAGUAGACGUAGUCACCUUUCUAAUCGAUAAUGGUGCAAAUGUGAAUGAAUUUGGUGAAAAAAAAGUGAAUGAGUUUGAACCUUCUCCGGUCACACCACUCCAAUUGGCCGUUGCUAAAAGUCAAACGGAGAUAGUUAAAAUUCUCAUCGAACAUGGAGGUGAUGUAAAUUAUGUAAACGACAAAAACGAAACUCUACUUCAUAUAGCAACAAUGUUCGAUAAUUUGGAAAUAUGCAAAAUCCUAGUUGCCAAUGGAAUGAACGUGAAUGCUGAAGACUACGAAAAGGUCAUACCACUCGAUAUAGCCGCUGUCUAUGGCUCAAACGAGAUUGUUGAAUAUUUAAUUGCACGCGGAGCGAAUAUAACUGCCAAUGGUGAACUAAUGUUAACACCUUUACAUAUGGCUGCCUGGAAUGGCAAUUUGAACACUUGUAAAAGUCUAAUUGCACAUGGAGCGGACGUUAAUGCAAAAAACGAAAUGAAUUUUACACCUUUACAUUUCGUAGCUGUUCUUGGUACAAAGGAAUUAGCUGAAUAUCUGAUUACAGAAGGAGCUAAUGUCAAUGCUACAGGUGAAGGUAUGAUGACGCCUCUGCAUUCUGCUUACUUUUUUGGCAAUAAAGAAGUGCAAGAGGUCUUGAUUGCUAAUAAAGCAGAUGAAAAUGCAAAAGACGAAAAUAAUAAAAUACCACGUGAAAUGGAUAAUGAGAAAGGAAAAAAGGAGAAACUCCAAAUUAUUGCUACAAUAAAUUCGAAGAAGAGAAUGUUCGAAAGCUUAUAGUAGAUGUAAAGUCACUUUCAUCUCAAAGGCAACGAAGAACUUAUUGAUUGAUCAUGGCGCUGAUGUGAAUGAAUGCUAAAAACAUUGAUGAUAAGAUACCGAGUGAAAUAAGUAUUCUUAUAUAAAAAUAAAUAAAGAGACAUUAUUAAUUUUAAUUAAUUAAUAAUACACA